GUUGAUCGUUGAUCUCGUACGUCAGCAUUGACUAAGGGUUGUAUGGCUUCCCAGGUUGUGCGUAGUGCCCCUCUUAGUGUAGCCCCAAUCCACAGACACUGGGGGGGGGGCUGAUCCAGAGAAAGGGGUGUGUCGGUAUAAGAGGGGAGAGAAAGAGAGCCGGCAAGCAGUUGAACAAACCCAGAAGCUGAAGAUUGGACAUAACAGCUACACUUCAAGACUGAAAGUGAAGAGAGACAGAGAAUAAACCUCAGAAGACCUGCAGUGUAUGUUCAGUGUAAACGUCAUGAAGACCCCAUUUUGGACCCUUCUACUUUUAAGCCUGUGCAGCCUGGGUCACAGUGACUGUCAAGGGGACUGUUUAACCUGUGGACUACUACCCGAAGAGCAAGCUUUUAAUACACUGGUGUGUAUCCUGGAAUGUGAGUCACAGGCAUCCCCAGCAUUAACCUGGGAUUUGUGUUAUCAAGCGGUGGGUUUAAACCAGCUUCCUCUGGCAUUACAAGGAGAAGAAACUUCAAAGCGCUCAGAUAAGGAAUUGCAGCCUGUGGCCACGGUAAGCAUAGAGAAUGACAAUGGUGUAGAAUUUACCGAAGCUUUGGAGCGGUUUCGACACGCCGCGCAAGCUCUCCACAGCCAGCAGGCCUCAGAGGAGGUGGAGACCCCACAGAAACUUGGAGUUUCGUAUGAUCCGGGGACAGAGGAGGAACAGGAUGGUGUAGAUGUGGAAGAAGAGAAGACCAACGAUGCAGGCGUGAAUUUAUCCAAGCGAUUCGGAGGCUUUAUGAAAGGUCGCCAUGGCUUCAAAAAGUUGGUGAGCUCCGGGAGGCCUUUGCAGAAACGCUAUGGUGGUUUCAUAGGGAUAAGGAAGUCCGCCAGGAAGUGGAACAACCAGAAGCGUGUGAGUCAGUUAUUGAGGCAGUACCUGAGCUUGACAGGUCGUUCGGGUCGGUCCGGCAACAUCUCGGCAAGAAUCCGAAGACAGAAUGACAUGUAGGUGCUUAUGGUACAGGCUCUGGUCUUUCACUUACCUCAACUCACAACAAGCUGCUCAUCAGCCAUCAGUAACUUCGAUCACAACCCAGAACUAGAUUAAUCUGUGUUUAAUAACAAGAGAAAUAUUUUGUAGCAUUGUUUUUAUUGACAUCUUCAUGGUGCCGCUCCUGACAUCAAAAACACCCCUGCUGAAAAAAACAAUAGAAACCAUUACAGAAAUUGAAAUGGAUUUAAUGGUUAUAAUGGGAAUUUUAAUUAAAACUGUAAUGGUCUCUGUGGGACUCUAUUGGUAUGUGUUGGGUUCUGUUCGUGGGAUGUUAUCUGGCAGAUGGGAACCAAGAGAACAACAUAAAGGAAUUUUAUAAAGGUUUAAAUCUAAACAUGGUGAUUAUGGAAACCAUUACAUUUGUAUUUUUUUUCAGCAGGGCGAUAAAAUGUUGAUGGUUGUUAGGACAAAUGUUGCUGAUGAGACCAUUGUUCAUUUAUAGAUUAAUAAUCCUAAAUAAAAUUUUGUGCAUUGUUGAAAAAAAUAAAAAGCAAAGCAGUAAAAUUUGAAAUGAGCAUGUGAAUCAGUUACAUAUGAGAGCAGUGGGUUUAGUGGAGUCAGGGCGCAGUUUUAUUUUCUAUUUUGUGGAUUGACUUAACUGAGAGAAAGCACUUUAUUCAUAUAUACAUUAAACCUUGCACAUGGUAUUGUGCUAAAAUUGGUUUGUUUGCACAUGUUUUAAAACUAUGUAAUUCCUCCAAAAAAUCAAUAACUAAUUAUCUUAAAUUCAAAAUUAUUUUACAGAAAGGAAUAGUUGCAAUAUGAAGAAUAUAUAUUCUUCAGAUGUUUAAAGGGAUACUUCACCCAAAAAUGAAAAUUCUGUCAUCAUUUACUCACCUUGGAGUUGUUCCAAAUCUGCAUAAAUUUCUUUGUUCUGAUGAACACAGAUAAAGGUAUUUGGAAGAAUGCUUAUAAGCAGACAGAUUUUGUCCCCACUGACUACCACAGUAGGAAAAAAUACAAUGGUAGUCAAAAGUGCCCCAGAACUGUUUGCUGUCCUACAUUCUUCAAAAUGUCUACUUUUGUGUUCAACUAAAAAAUAGUAAAGUAAUUUUUCCUAUUAUGGGUGUCAAUGCGGGGCAAGAUCUGUUUGGUAAGCAUUCUUCCAAAUAUCAGAACAAUUACAUUUAUACAGAUUUGGAACAACUCGAAGGUGAGUAAAUUAUGACAGAAUUUUCAUUUUUGGGUGAAGUAUCCCUUUAGGCAUUUGCAGGACAGUGCUGCCCCCUAGAGCUAAUAACUCGAAAUUAUUGUUGAAAGCUGCUGAUUAAAACAGAGGGUCCCUUCUGCCCUGCGUAAUGGUAACGGUGGACAGAGCAAGUGCUGAGGAAACUUGUUAUAAAACAGAUUUUAUGCUUUACUUAUUUCUUUUGCAAAUAAUGCAUAAACAAAUCCAUGCCAUUUUCAGGCAAGGCUGGCAAUGAGAAUGUCUAUUUCAAGUUUGCACUCAUUUUACGUGUCUGUUUAUUUAUGCAUGGACAUCUUAUAUGAAUAAAAUCAUCAUAGUGUUUGACAAAUUCUCUCUAAAUUAAUAGUCGCUGGUUAAUGUCAAGGUAAAUUGUUUAUUGCUAUUCCUUUUCAAACCCACCAAGAUGCAAAGAAUGGGCAGACAGUGUAAGUGUUCUUUACAGUAUUCCUGGUAUAAAUAUAAGAUUUUAUUUGGGUAGACGUUUUUGGCUUUGUGAAUAGUUAUCAUUUCAAACACACUGCAAACAUUUCUGGAAAGUGAACUUUUCUUUAAUUCUUUUCACUUGUACAUGAAAUGCACACAAAAAAGCCAAUAAAAUAAUUUUACGAU